AUGUGGCUUUCAAAGUUACAGUUUCCCUCGAAAUCUGUUGUCAAGGGUAUUUUUUUGAACUGUAAAUCACCCUGGUUGGUGCGACCGACAUCAACUACAACCAACUCUCAGAGCAGUACGACCAUUCCAACACAGUACUCGGAGCUAUCUCCUUUACUCGUUAAACAAGCUGAGAAAUAUGAAGCUGAAUUAAAAGAACUUGACAAGGAUCUUUCUUGCGGUAUACAUUUUGAUGUAAACAAACAAAAACAUCACUCCAAUUUAUCGGCCUUAACCGAUGCAUUUAUUGAGUAUAAAGAGAAACUAAAUGAAUUGAAGGGUUUGCAAGAAAUUAUUUUAUCCGAUCCAUCAUUAAAAGAAGAGGCUGAACAAGAAUACGUAGAACUAGUUCCCAAGUAUGAGGCAACCUCCUCGAGGUUGGUAAAUAAACUUCUUCCUCCACACCCUUUUGCAGAAAAACCUAGCUUGUUAGAGCUUCGACCGGGUGUAGGUGGUGUUGAAGCAAUGAUAUUUGCUCAAAAUUUAUUGGACAUGUAUAUUGGCUAUGCAAAUUAUAAGAAAUGGAAAUAUCGAAUCAUAUCGAAGAACGAAAACGAAAGUGGGUCAGGCAUAAUCGAUGCGAUUCUAAGUAUCGAAGAAGCAGGCUCUUACGACCGUUUAAGGUUUGAGGCAGGCGUCCACAGAGUGCAAAGAAUUCCCAGUACAGAAACCAAGGGUAGGACGCAUACUUCAACUGCUGCCGUAAUUGUAUUGCCGCAAAUGGGUGACGAAUCUUCAAAAUCUAUUGAUGCUUAUGAAAGGACAUUUAAACCUGGUGAAAUUAGAAUUGAUAUCAUGCGUGCAAGUGGUAAAGGUGGUCAGCAUGUGAACACGACAGAUUCUGCUGUCAGAUUAACCCAUAUCCCCUCUGGAAUUGUUGUUUCUAUGCAGGAUGAAAGAUCUCAACAUAAAAACAAAGCCAAGGCAUUCACAAUUUUAAGAGCAAGACUGGCAGAAAAAGAAAGGUUGGAAAAGGAAGAAAAAGAGAGAAAGGCAAGAAAGAGUCAGGUUUCUAGCACAAAUAGGUCGGACAAAAUUAGAACGUAUAAUUUUCCACAAAACAGAAUUACUGACCAUAGGUGCGGGUUCACGUUAUUGGACUUGCCAGGUGUAUUAUCUGGUGAAAGAUUGGAUGAGGUUAUUGAGGCUAUGACUAAACAUGACAACACCGAAAGGGCAAAAGAAUUACUGGAGAGUAACUAA